AAUUAUGUAUGAAAUAAUUUCUGGACUACCUCCAUAUCAUGAUAUGAGACAUGAUGAAUAUUUAGCAAUAAAAAUCUGUAAUGGAAUUAGACCAAGAUUUAAUAUUAAAAUACCUCAAUUAAUUGUGCAUUUAAUUAAAAGAUGCCUAGAUGCAAAUCCAUCAAAGAGAUUAAAAGCGGAAGAAAUUAGAGAUAUUUUAUACAUAUGGCAAUAUAAAUCAACUAACAAACAAACGAUAAAAUUACAAGCACAAAUUAAAGAAGCAGAUUUAGUAAACAAUAAUUUAUCAAAUAAUAGUAUGCUUUCAACUAGUUUAUCAUAUAAAACACACUCAGAAGCUACUUAUACAAGUAGAUUACUUGAAUUUAAUAAUCUUCCUGAACCAAAAAAUUCUGAUGAUUAUUAUGAACAAAAUGAUAACAUAAUUAGCAUUAAAACUUCAGUGUCAUUAUCUCAACAAAUUGAUGUUUCUCGAUUGGACAUUAAUGAUAAUAAUCUUUCUGAACCAAAAAAUUCUGUCUACGAACAAAAUAAUGACAUAACAAGCAUGGAAUGUUCAGAAUCUUUACAAAUUGAUAUUCUCAAUUGAAUAUAUUGAAUAUUAACAAAGAUGAUAAAUUGUAAGUUAAAUGAUAACGGAUGCAAAAAAAACAGUCUAUGACAAUUAUAAUUUAAUUUUUUCGCAUUAUUUAUUUUUAUUAUUAUUUCAA